UGUCAAACGGAAAAUAACAAACGAAGUGAGACGUCUGCCGAAGUGAAACGCUGUAAAUCCUCUCAUCACGGAAGAAAAACUUCUAACUUCAAACGUUUUCAAUUUCUUAAAAAAUAAUAUGAAUAAACUCGAUGUUUAGUGAUAAGUGUAGCAAAUUUAGCAAUGUUGUGGUUUACAGUUUAGAAGCAAAAAUAGUUUUCUACGCUAGAGACUCAAUGUUAUUGUAGUUACCCCAUCAAAGAAUCUAACCUAGAAAAAAAAGCGAUGGCCUAUCUAUCGCGCCGAGAGUUGGAGGACAUUCGUCCCUCCUUGGACAAGCUAGUGUACAAGGUGCUGGGGAGUUCCGAUUCCUCGGUGCUGUCCACGAUCGAAAGCAACCUGCACAAUGGUUUUGAUCGGCGGAAAUUGAUCGAUAAACUGUCGUCGUUCGUCGAGAGCAAGAGGGCAAGCCGAUUGUCCGAUAAGGUGGAAGACCUGCUGGACGGAUUGAAAUCCAGCUCGCACCGGUCGAAGAAAAGGUCCCACGAAGUGGACGGUCGGGAACGGGACACAAAGAAAGUCAAAACCAAAUAUGAAGAUGAAAAGAAAAAAUCGGCGGCAGAGGAAGAGAAGAGCAAAACGGAAGGCAAUGGAAGUGCAAGAGCAGAGCCGGAAGACAAAGGUUCCAAGGAUGACAAAGCGGGUUCCAAAAACUUCUCUUCCAACCAGAUUAAAAUGAUGAUGGAAAAUGCUCAGAGGGAAAUCGAAGAGCGUAAGAAAAAGCUAGAUGCGAUAAAAGCGGCCAAAGCUCCUCCGGCAUCGGCACUGGCGGCUGCAGCGGCCGUUUCAGCAAAAAUCAACGCUGCCCAAGACACGGUUCCAGCGCCGCCCGUGGAUUUGGAAAGAUCAAGAAAAAUAGCUCAGCUGCAGGAGCAGAUUCGGGCGAAGCUGUCGGGUACCUUGGCAGCUGUUCUUCCACCGGUUGUUCAGGACAAGCCAAAGCCACUGAUCCUGGAUGCCGAGGGACGGACAGUGGAUGGAAGUGGCCAAGCCGUUGAGGUGCCAAAACUGACUCCCACUCUUAAGGCUAACAUUCGAGCCAAGAAACGGGAGAUCACAAAAAUACAUCAGGCGGAAAAGCACCAACAGGAGGAAUCCGGCGAGGCCCACUUCUUCGAUGACCGGAUCCUCAUCAAGCCGGCCGUCCGGAACAAGCGAGCGCUCCGGUUCCACGAACCGGGAAAAUUCCAACAGCUGGCCGAACGCCUACGGAUGAAAUCUCAGCUGGAAAAGCUCCAGAACGAAAUUUCGCAAAUCGCGCGCAAAACCGGCAUUAGCUCGGCCACCAAGCUGGCCCUGAUUGCCCCGAAGGCGGACACCCAUUCGAAUGAAGUGCCCCAGAUGGAGUGGUGGGAUUCGGUUAUCCUCACCGAUGAUCUGAACACCGUGGACAAGCAUGGGCGCAUCUCGAUCCGCGAGUCGGCCAUCACCAAUCUGAUCGAGCAUCCGACGCAGAUGCGACCGCCAAACGAAUCAUCCCGCCCCGUUUAUCUGCCGGUGUUUCUCACGAAAAAGGAACGCAAAAAACUCCGCCGUCAGAAUCGGCGCGAAGCAUGGAAGGAAGAGCAGGAAAAGAUUCGCCUCGGACUGGAACCCCCACCGGAACCGAAGCUACGCAUCUCCAAUCUGAUGCGGGUGCUUGGAACCGAAGCCGUUCAAGAUCCAACCAAGAUCGAAGCGCACGUUCGCGAGCAGAUGGCCAAACGCCAGAAAGCCCACGAAGAGGCCAAUGCCGCCCGGAAGCUGACCGAUGAUCAGCGGCGGGACAAGAAGGUCCGCAAGAUGAAGGAGGACACUUCGCUGGGGGUUCACGUGUCCGUGUACCGAAUCAAGGACCUGCACGAUCAGCAGGCCAAGAAGUUCAAAGUGGAAACCAACGCCAAACAGCUGUUCAUGACCGGGGUGUGCAUACUGUUCCGAGAUUGUUGCGUGGUGGUGGCCGAAGGUGGCCCGAAGCAGCAGAAAAAAUACAAACGGCUGAUGCUGCAUCGGAUCAAGUGGGAGGAGGAUCUGGUAAAGAAUGCCGACGGCAACGAGGUACCCAAUUCGUGCGUUCUGGUUUGGGAGGGAACCGCUCAGCGGCGACAUUUUGGCGAGUUCAAGUACAAGUCGUUCCCGAUGGAGAAAAGUGCGCGGGAGUUCUUCCAGAAGCAUCACGUCGAACACUACUGGGAUCUGGCCUAUUCCGGAGCGGUGCUGGAAGCGUCGGAGGACACGUAAGCAGUUGGAAGCAGCCGCUAGGUAAGUUCGUUAACGAUUGUUUGUUUUUCUGAUGCGUUCUUCGAAAUUCAAAAUCGAUUCAACGUUUUUGUUGAUGCGAAGACGAGGAGGGGGGGUAUUAUUGAUGACGGAGGGCGUAAGAAUACUAAAAUCUAGGUUUAAUAAAUUUGGAUAAUUCUAGGCAAUA